GUGAGCUCCACCACCGCCUGGACCCUUGAGGGGAAAUGAGGGGUAUGGAGCUUCCGACGGACUUCAACCCGACGGAGCCAUCGCGUUCAAUUCGGUCUUUUGACACAAGGUCUCACGAUGUCUGCAUCUCUAAGAAAACGACAAAAAGUCUCUUCCGCCUGCGAGCGCUGUCGUAAGCGCAAGCUAGGGUGUGAUGCAGAGAGACCUUGUGUUCAUUGCGUCCGUGCCGGCGCCCAGUGUAUCCCUCGCGACUUGACAUCAGGAGACAUGGCGGGAUCCUCAUCUGACCAGACAAAUACCAGGAGUAGACAUGUUCAGGAUCCAGGGUCGCCUAUACUCCCAGAGUCCAGUAUCGUUGACCUAAGUACUCUUAUAAUCCGCGGAAAUGGCUCCAACCAUGAUUUAGGCCACGAUACAUCCUCACUGCCUGGUGGAACAAAACUCAUCGAUGCCAACGCCACGCUCUCUGGGCCCAAGCAUUGGCGUAAUGUAGCAGGCGUGGAACUACCCGCGGACCAUAUCCUGGAACACUUGGUAGACAGCUUCUUCUCUUCAGUCAACUGGUUCAUGAUGGUCUUCCACGAAGAAACCUUCCGCCGCAGAUACGCAGAGAUGAUGCAACAGAACCAAAUCAAGUACCAAGAUACAACAUUCUAUUGGACAUGGCUCCUCGUCGUAGCGCUCGGUGCGCACUAUGCUGCACUCGAGAAUCCUGACGACGAAAUGAGCCCUCAGCACCGACAGCUUUCUCGAGACCUUAUUGCUGUUAUAGAGACGCGUUUCCUGCACAUCGUUGGGUGCCAGACAGUAGAGACUGUUCAAAUAUGCAUCCUGCUUGGUAGCUUCAUAUUUUACACGCGACCUACGACCGGCCUGGGUAUUUGCGGCAUGGGAGUAAGGAUUGCUCAGGUCAUUGGCUUGCACCGCGAGAGUUUCUGGAAAGAGACGUCACAACUAACGCGGGAAGUGAAGAGGCGCACCUGGUGGACAUUGGAGGUUUUUGACAAAUACACCGCCGUUGCGUUUGGGCGCCCCUGCAUCAUCGAUGACUCUGACUGUCAGGUCGAGAUGAUCUCAGAUAUUGAACUCGAUGGCCGGACGCAUGUCCCUGCUAGACCACUUAUCCUCUAUCACCAACACAAAUUUCGUCUCUACAGAAUCAUGGGUGCAUUCUUGGGACGGAGAAGGCAUCGAAACACGUUUGAGUCGGUUGAAACAAUACACCAACGUAUGCUGCAGUGGCGCCACAAACUGCCCGACGUCCUAACUCUCAGUGGUCAAGAGAGCUCAAUAGACCCCAGUGUAGUGGAACCCACUGAGAUCCAUGCGCUUAGUUUAAAGCUCACCUAUGACAAUCUGCAAAUCAUCUUGCAUCGCACAGCUGUCUUCAAUAGCAACGAGAUCUCUACCAUCUCGCCCAGGAGCAGAACGUCUCUCCAGCAAAUCUUCACAUCAGCCAUGGAUACAUCUGAACUCUCCCGUCAUCCUCUCAUUUUAGACGCUUGCAGGAGGACCCAUGCAGAUGUACAUGUUGGCAUCACCAUGUUUACAGCCGGUGUCGUUCUCUGCGCUAUCUGUCUGUCACAGCCUCUCACAGAAAUGGGGUCGCGUGCGAAGACCGGUGUUAUGCACAUCACCCGCAUGUGUCGUGAGACUACAACUGGUCUGUAUAGCGGCCAGCUUAUCUCGGAGCAGAGCCUGGGUAUUAUUGAUAGCUUGGUUGAAGUAAUGCUGCGGCAGGAGACGGAUUUGAUUACUGGGAGAACGAGCUAUCCGGGUCUCACUACUCCUCAAACAAGGAAAGAGACAGCAUUACCGGAUCAGGGCUCCUCGUCAGCGAGCAGAGUUAUAGCACCCAGUUCAAGCAUGAGACCAGCUGGUCCAACUGAGUUCAGAAAUGAGCGAGUCUUGGAGCCGAUUCAAGGAGUCUUUAGGCAGCAUAUUUCCACGCCGCCCACUGUUGGAAACAGAGAGACAAACAGCGCUGUCUCUGGCAAUCAUGAUGGAGACCAAGGGAUGAUGAGCACGUUCAAUUGGGAUGGCGACAUGUCCGCCCUCGUAGAUUCGGGCCUCGUCGAUGCAAGUCAACUCUGGCUGUGGGCGGAUAGCCUGGACUUUGACUCAUUAAAUGAUCUGGCUGGAGAACUACCGGAAUAAGCCCUUGUUAACCAUAGUCACUUCCGGGGUAUGUAAUUGAAUGAGGUAUUGGCGCCGGCUUAUUGAGUCAUUCGCCUGGCUGUACUCGAUCAGCAAAUUAAAAAUAGUUAGUGUCAAGAGGCCAUCCAUACCCGCACGGGUACCUGUGCAAAUAAAGUCACACAGGUACCCGUGCAAAUAAGAUAUUAUCACAUCAGCAACCCCGAUUAAUUAUAUAUAUAUAUUAUAUAUUAUCUAAUUAAGCUUUUUUUGCUUAUUUUAAUAAUAUAUACUUUAUUACUUUAA